AUGUCUGAAGAAAACUCCACAACAGUGGUCAGUGAGUUUGCCUUUGUGGGAUUAACAAACAACCCUACACUACGAACUAGUCUCUUUUUGGUGUUCCUGGUUAUUUAUAUGAUUACCUUGGUUGAAAAUCUAGGAAUGAUUGCCUUAAUAAGGGCCAGUCGCCGACUCCACACUCCAAUGUACUUCUUUCUCAGCAGCCUAUCUUUCCUGGAUGUAUGCUUCUCUUCUGUGUUUGCUCCAGAGGCAUUAGUGAACUUCCUAGCAGAGAAAAGGUCCAUUUCCUUUAUUGGGUGUGCAAUGCAAAUGUACUUUUUUAUAGGUCUGGGGAGCGCGGAGUGCUUUCUCUUGGCUGCAAUGGCAUAUGAUCGCUACGUGGCUAUCUGCAAACCCUUGCUGUACCCAGUCCUCAUGUCUCCUAGAGUCUGCAUUCUUCUGGUGUUGGGGUCUUAUGCCCUAGGCCUAUUGCACUCUCUCCUUCACACAGUCCUCACCUUCAGGCUGUCAUUCUGCAGGUCUAACGUGAUCAAUAACUUUUUCUGUGACAUCACAGCACUUUUGGCCAUUUCCUGUUCAGAUAUCCACCUCAAUGAACUCCUGAUUUUCUAUGUGGCUGGUCUUGUAGAAGUCACCACCAUCCUGAGUGUUGUAGUUUCUUAUACAUAUAUUCUCACCAACAUUGUGGUGAGGAUCAGUUCGGUCGCAGGCAGGCUGAAAGCCUUCUCCACCUGCACCUCGCACCUCAUGGUGGUUACCAUUUUCCAUGGGGCAAUUCUCAUUCUGCACUUCCGACCAACCUCUAGCGAUGAAUCUUUGGUUCAAGGCAUCUUUGACAAAACACUGAACGUGUUCUAUACAGUUGUCAUCCCUUUGCUCAACCCUUUGAUUUAUAGCCUCAGAAACAAGGAGGUAAAGGAUGCUCUGAGAGGCUUUCAGCGGAAGGUGUGUGACAAAAUAUUUUGUUAA